CCCGCUUUCUUCGCUCGUUCUCUCAGUCGUCGCCCUCCCCACCCCACCUUCAUUUCGGUUUCUCUCCGCUAAAUAUCUCCUGCCUCCAACUCCAGCUGAUCCAAAUCCUCAACUCCUCUGGAACCGGCGCCGCCUCCGCCCUCCUCCACACUUUUAACCUAUAUACAGAGAUAGAUUACAACCCAGAUAUUCUCCAAGCAUGUCGUCUGCUCCUCCACACGCCACUCUCCCCAUCUCCAAACCGCAACCUGUUCCUACCGCCACCCAAUCUCAGCCGCCUAUCGCCACACCUGCCUUCCAUGCCUUCAUCACCCACAUCACCGAUUCGGUCCGCCAAGGUUUCUCCCAACGCCGUCCAUGGUCGGAGCUCAUCGAUCGCUCCACCUUCUCCCGUCCCAAUUCCCUCGCCGAAGCCACAUCACGUCUCCGCAAGAACUCCUCCUACUUCCGGAUCAACUACGUCAUCCUCCUCGCUGGCGUCCUCGCCCUCUCUCUCCUCUCUCACCCCUUCUCUCUCAUCGUCCUUCUCUGCCUCCUCGCUGCUUGGCUCUUCCUCUACCUCUUCCGUCCCUCAGAUCCCCCUCUUGUCCUCUUUGGCCGCACUUUCAAUGAUCGGGAGACCCUUGGCGGUCUGGUUGUGUUGACUGUCAUCGUCGUCUUCCUAACCAGCGUCGGAUCGCUCCUCAUCUCCGCUCUCAUGCUCGGCUUAGCGAUUGUCUGCGUUCAUGGCUCCUUUAAGGUUCCAGAUGAUUUAUUUCUCGAUGAACAAGAAACUCCCGCAACUGGAUUCCUCUCGUUCAUCGGAGGUGCAGCCUCUUCUGCCGCAGCUACCGCCGCACGCCCCGCACCUUCUGUUUCUGUACGCAUCUAACCAUCCAUUACAAUCCGAUUCAACUUUUCAAGGUUGGUGAUGUGAGGGCAACCGACUCCGAGUUGUUCAUUGUUCAAAUUUCCUCUCAUAUCAUUUAUCAUACUCCUUUAUUAGGUUACAAAACAAAUGAUUGUUUGCGCCUUUUUUUUUUCUUUCUUUCAUCUAUAAUCACUUAUUAAGGCUUUUUGUUUCUUUUAUUUUUGUAUCUUAUUUUUUUCUGUUCUAUACUAUACUGUAGAUCAGAUCUGUAACCAACAAAUGUAGACAUGUUUAAGUAGGUAUCAAAAUCUAUGUAAUUUCCGACUGGGUCUUUACACUCCUCAACGUUCUGUAAUUCUGUUUA